AUUUACUAUUCACUAUUCUAAGAAACUAAUACACCAAAUAUUUACAUUAAUUCUUUCAAUACUCAUCAUCAACUACGAGAACACAAGCACAAAACACCUGUCGACGUCUGUCUGCUCACUCAACACAUCGCAUCGUCACACAAUAUGAUGCAGAUGCUUGACCACAAUAGCUUUUCGUCGAGAACUCACCAACCGUUCCAGUUCUUUGCCCAGCAACCUCUCGAGGGUAACUCACACUCGAAUAUAGCAUCGGGAAGGAAUAGCGGGUUUCAUCAAUCAUCGUCCCUCUCGAACUUGUCGAACUUAGAUACCGCCGCAGCUGCGAUCGCCGCCACUCAACGGUAUAGGGCUCCCGCAACACCGUCGCAGUCGGGAUUUGAAGGGGGGAAUAACAGUCAGAGUCUUAGUCAAGUUCCCGAUUUGAUGCCGUCGGACUCGUGGAUGCUUCACAGCAACCAGCAAACUCCAAGAGCCGCGCACAGGUUUAGCCAUCAACGCGAAUCCUCUCUCUCGUCGCUAGGAUCCAAUGGCCCUGCGUCGCCAUACAAUGGCAACACAUCGAACCCUCACAUAGCCGUCACAGAUUCGAGCAACGAUGCGUAUCACGACAUGGGCAAUGGCGACAACAGUUACGCAUACAGUUUAGGAAAAUCGUUGCCUAUGGCCGACGCCGCCUUCUACGCAAGCGCCAUGCCGAACUAUAACCAUCGCGACAACAUUACUAAUGCCAAUAGCCACACCCGCCAUAGUGGCCGUGAUACUCUCAGUGGUCAGCACAUGUCGCGCGAUGUAGCCUCGGCUGAUGGCUUACCAAACAUAGCGAACCAACAGCAACAUAAGUUGAGGAGUGACCGAGGCUUAGCGCCGGCUCCUGAGUUGUCGAUUGGCGGUGGUUCAUCUACGAGAUCUCAUCCCGUAUCAGUGGCAAGUUCUAUUGCAGGCGGUGACUCACCAGCUACUCCCUCGUUCCACGAACCUGAAGAUGACUGUCGAAGACCAAGGAAUGUUUACAACAACCAUGUCCCAAAGUUAGAUCGUACCAUGACCGACAUCUAUAACGACGAACUCUUCAACCCGAACUUCACUAUAACGUCAGCGUCUCCACCGCCGCAGACGCAAAUAGCCAUGUCGCCAAGCAACGAGUUGUUUGCCCAAAGACUUCAGGCUGCUAAUAGCCAGCACUUGAGUGCCGUUCAGUCACCCAUAUCCAACCCAUCGCGAGACGACCAGUCACCAUUCCGCCAAGGCUCUCCAUACGCUUCUGCUAUCAACGACUUUCCUCAGGUGGGUAUGGAACAGAUGCGACUUGGGUCGGCUCGACAAAUGCAUCAACAGCGAAAAGCAGAGCGGGAAGCAAACGAACUACAACAACAACUCGCGCGCAAUUCUACACAGCAACAAGGCACGCCAAAUACUAUCUCACCCAAGGAUGCACUACUCGACUUCAACGAAUCGGACGAGGGUUCCAACAUGCCUUUAUUUCCAUCUCAGGAAUCUCAUAACUACACUAUGGACUCGGCAAGAAACGAUGCCGUGAAUAUGGCAUCCAGGAAUAUUUCCCAACAUUCGAGCCCGUCCUUCCACUCAGUGGCAUCGACACCGAUGCAAAGCGGGUUCAACUUCUCAAUGCCAUUACCGCAGCAGUACCCCUUCAUCGCCCAGCAGCGGUCAACGCCGACAACUUCGACAUAUUCCAGGGUUAGCUCGGCCGAUGCGAGCAACUCUGAAGGUGGCGAAGUACCAAGCCAAAAACCAGCGGGGGCUAGCGCGGAUGGAGGCACAUACACUUGCACGUAUCACGGGUGCACUCUGCGAUUCGAGACGCCAGCAUUAUUACAAAAGCACAAGCGCGAGGGGCAUCGUCAGGCCAACGCUCUGAGCCACGUCAGGUCGUCCCCAACGACGUCGGGCGGUAUGCCGAGUAGCUUACUUAACAGUCAGGCUGGGCCGCAUAAGUGCGAGAGAAUCAACCCUAGCACCGGCAAGCCCUGCAAUACGAUCUUCUCCAGGCCCUACGACCUUACCCGUCACGAGGACACGAUCCACAACGCACGCAAGCAAAAGGUUCGCUGCGACCUCUGCACGGAAGAGAAGACGUUUAGUCGGGCAGACGCUCUGACGAGACAUUACCGCGUCUGCCACCCGGACGUGGAGUUUCCGGGCAAGCACCGGCGACGUGGUGGCGUUGGCGUAUGAGCUGGCGCGCACACGAUGAGGCCUAAAGCUCUGCAACACACGAAGGUACCUAAGUAUCAAGGUAUCGAGGUUAGCGAUUCGCCAAGCAGAGGCGUCGCAGGUUGCAGGUAGGCGAGAAUGUUCCUGGUGGGGAGCAAGGGAGCGUGCUCGAAUGGUCUGGAAGCCGAACAAAGGCCCAAUGCAUGCAAGGCGCCGGGGUUUGCAGGUGGGGUUUCCGUUGACGUUGGAAGAAAGGGUGGAAUAUCAGGGUCCAAC